AUGAGCACCGAAGGCCCUAGUGCCGUGGAUUCGGGCGAGCUCCGCCACAGGCGCGCCGCCUCCACUACGGAUCCUGGAUCUGCUUCUCCGCAUGGGGAAACGGAGCCAACAGUCGAACAUGAAACGGAGCCGAAAUCCAGAAAGACGUUUGGCCGGACGCCGGACGGAACAAUCUUCACUGUACCUACCACGCAUGAUAUGGUCUCGCAGCUGCUGGAUCCCCGGCAGCCAAAGAACUUGUCAGAUGUGCUCGUGCUAGCUAUUCUCGCUGCUCACAUUGCUCUGUUGUAUCUUCUGCCUGCGUCUCUCAAGCGCCCCGUGCUUGCUGCCAUCUUUCUGCUGUGGCGGACUGCUUAUAAUCUUGGCAUCGGUCUUCUGCUCCAGGGCCAAUCUAAAGAGAACAAACUGGUCAACUGGGCCAAGACAUGGAAGCUCUUUGAGCACCCUUCAACAGGCAAAAACCCGAGGCCAUGGGCCUACAAGCUUCUCAAGACUGAGCUGGAGGCCAAGAUUCCUGAAGACUAUGCCUUUGAAAAGGCCCCCCUGGAGUACAACACGUGGCUCGUCUUCCGCAGACUCGUGGAUCUCAUCCUCAUGUGUGAUUUUGUGUCGUAUUGCUUGUUUGCCAUUGCUUGCGGCCAUAGACCAGAAGGCGAAACAGCCCUCCUCGCGGCAGGCCGCUGGACCCUCGGUGUGGCCUUGGUAGGAUUCAACCUCUGGGUCAAGCUCGAUGCUCACCGUGUCGUCAAGGACUAUGCCUGGUACUGGGGUGACUUCUUCUAUUUGAUUGACCAAGAGUUGACCUUUGACGGCGUCUUUGAAAUGGCGCCCCACCCCAUGUACUCUAUCGGUUACGCUGGCUAUUAUGGCAUCUCCAUGAUGGCGGCUAGCUACGCUGUACUCCUCAUCUCUGUCGUGGCACAUGCCGCACAAUUUGCCUUCUUGGUGCUGGUCGAGAAUCCUCAUAUCGAGAAAACAUACAAUCCUCCCGCUCCUCGCAAGCGCGCCGAUACCGUUACCUCUGCCGACUUGGGCGAGAGUCAAGGUGCUACCGCCUCGGACGCGGCACCAUCUACGUCUUCAAAGGGUACACCAGCCCAGAUUCACAACCUCCUUGGAGUUGGCAACUUUGACCUUUUCCGGACAAGCGACUAUACGGCUUUGCUACUUAUCGGCUACAUGACUGUCCUGACUCUCGUCACGCCCAGUACGCCUUUUUACCAAUUCCUCUUCGUUCUUCACGCUACUCUUUGGCGGCUUUGGUAUAUGGUGGGUCUAGGUGUCAUACUCGACCAGCAAUCCAAGAACAAGGCAUGGACUAGACACUUUCUCAAGUUUGGCGAAAGUACUGGCGAGGCAUGGCGACAGUGGAAGGCCAUGUACCACAUUUCACAGAUAAUGGGCUACGCAUCCUUUAUUGCUGCUUGCUGGAAGGUGUACACCAUCCCUGAUUCGUGGGACUAUGGUUUCGUACUGCUGAAGCACGUGGUGGGCGCAGCCUUGAUUACCCUUCAAAUCUGGAGCGCAGUCAGCACCUACGAGUCACUGGGCGAAUUUGGCUGGUUCUGUGGUGACUUCUUCUUUGACCAAAAGGCCAAGCUGACCUACACCUCGAUUUACCGUUUCUUAAACAACCCAGAACGUGUCUUUGGUACAGCUGGACUAUGGGGAGCCGCACUGAUCACUUGGAGCAGAUCCAUCUUCAUUCUGGCUCUGGCAAGCCAUCUUCUCAUGCUGGCCUUCUUGCAAUAUGUUGAGAAGCCGCAUAUGCAAAAGAUCUACGGACGCACCGUACGGAAGGAGGCUGGCCUUGUCAAAUUCAUCAAGAGCACACUUCCGCCGCCCGUCAAGGAAUGGGGCACCAGUGUCAACAAGGUCGUCGAUGACACUUCUCACUUUGUGGAAGAAUUCCUGGAGACGGCUCGUCCAAAGCUUGCUGCCGGUGUUUCCACAAUCGUGCGGGAUACCACGGCUCUAUUCAACAAUGUGCCUGCCCGCCUUACCCUGACCAAGCUGUCUCCGGAUUUGGCAGGCUUUGACCCAAAGGAUUAUUCGAUGAGUGUAGUCGGCGAGGCAGCUUCUCUGUCAGCCAUCACAGAACGAGCCACUGGCAAGGAAGGCACUAAUGCUCGCUUCCCCAGCGAUCUCAACACCAUGAUUCUUGAAUACGGCGCACCAAUCAAGGUCAAGUGGACGGCACCAGCAAAUCAUCACAAGAAGGACUGGAUUGGUCUGUAUAUGGUUGCAGACAAUCGAUCUCGUGAGAACACAGAGGUGCCCUCGCUUGGUCGCUGGGUUGCCGUCACGCCGAACCAGUACGAUUCCACAAUUGCUGAUACACGCAUUCUGAGCUCCGAUGUACCGGUGAGCAGUAAUGAUGAGUCGCCAGAGGGUGAACUUGUCCAGGGCGAGGUUGCCUUUGAAGGCGAUAAGCUGUGGUGGACAAGAGGUGUCUUUGAAUUCCGGUAUCAUCACGGCGGAAGUCAUCACGUCAUGUCGAUAUCGCAGCCCUUUGAGAUACAGAUUGGUCGCUUUGACGAGGAAGACGUCGAAGUGGACUCCCAUGGCAUGUACCAAAAGUCUGUCGAGUCUUCCCUUCUACCGCUGGUCCAAAACUGUUUCGACCGGAACCCCGACAUUGCCCCAAGUACACCCGAAGAGCCAUUUGGCAAUCACGUGGAGCGGGACGGGAAAUAUGCUCGAAGAGUUGUCUACGCUAUUCAGCAAAUGUUUGGUAUCGAGUUUGCUCCCGCUGUUGUGCCAGCAGAUGGUAACGUGAGGAACCUUGCUUGGAGAAUCUGCAAUGCCAAGCAAGUUCUUGCACCCUACAGCAUGUCCCAUUCCAAAGGAACAAGUACUCCGGCGGCUGAGAAGGGGAGCUUUUGA